AUUAGCGCUGCACUAACCUCAUGGUCUUUUCUUAUAAUCUGUCAGCAGGCACACAUUAGCACAGAGGAGGCGACACUCAUACAAUUCUCUAUAAAUUCCUUUCGUACACGAUGGCAAGACACUCAAGUGGGUUAUUCUUAUUUUGUGCUGCAGCGGCAUUCGCCUAUGUUUCCUCAUCUGCCGAAGUCUGCAGCCACUCCCUCAUACCUGGAGCUAAAGGAGACCAAGGUGAGAUUGGAAACGAAGGGGAUGAGGGCAGAAUCGGGAAGAAUGGACCACCAGGACAUCCAGGGGCAUCGGGAGAGGCGGGGAUGAAGGGCGACAAUGGUCACAUGGGAAAGACGGGACCCAGUGGAGACCAAGGGGACAAAGGGGCUACAGGCUUGGAUGGACCCUCUGGAUUGAAGGGAAAAGCAGGCACUACAUGUGACUGUGGAAAAUACAGGAGGGUGGUGGGACAGAUGGACGUCAAUGUGGGAAAGCUGCGGAACGGCGUCAAGUUUGUCAAGAACAUCAUGUUGGGCCUGACAGAAAGUGAGGAGCGCUACUACCUGCUAGUGAAGGAGGCCAAAAGUUACAAGGAGGCCUCAAUGAACUGCAAGCUGAGAGGCGGCACCUUGGCCGUGCCGAACACCGUCGACAGCAACCGCCUCAUGGCGGAUUAUGUCAGUCAGUCUGGACUCACCAGGGUUUACGUCGGGCUCCUGCCGAACAACACGGACACGCUCUCAGUGUUGGCGUUGCCUGUGUGGGAAGACGCUCAUCAAUGGAUUUUUCCUAUAUAUUCUUCAGCACAAUGGAAGAAACAGUUCCCGGGAUGCAGAUUCCAGCCCACUUCCCGACUUUGUUGCAUGGAGUCAAGACGAGGAGCUCACUUCACCCAGCCACAACGCGAGUUGUGUGGAGCUGCUCAGCACAGGGACAUGGAAUCAUGUGGAGUGUGACACUGCCAUGUUUUUCAUCUGUGAGUUUCCAAAAGGCAGGAUAACAGGAUGACGAGGAGGAGGGGCUGUCUACUCAGCAUCUUGAAUUAUUGAACAGACUUCCAUGCAAGUACAGUUCAAUAAAUGAUGUACUUAUUAGACAA